AUGCUCUCUCUCUCUUUCUCUCUCUCUCUCUUUCACUCUCUCUUUCACCCUCUCUCAUUUUCUUUCUUUCUUUCUUUUACUCUCUUUUUCUAUCUCUUUCUCUCUCACACUCUCUAUCUUUCUCUCUUUCAUUCUAUUACUCUCUUUUCUCUCUUUCUCUCACUCACUCUCUCUUUUGCACUUUUCUCUCUCUUUCUCUCACCUCAUUUAAUUUUAUUUGUUGCAAAUAAUGCUCUCUCUCUCUCGCUUUCUCUCUCUUUCUCUCUUUCUCUUUUUCUUUCACUCGCUUUCUCUUUGUCUUUCUCUAUCUUUCUCUCACUCUCUUUCUUUCUCUCUCACUCUCUCUUUUCUCUCUCUCUCUUUCUCUCUCUCUCUUUCUCUCUCUAUUUUUCACACACACUCUCUCUCUCUCUCUCUCUUGAUAUUGAGCACUAUACCUACAAAGAUACUUAUCUUAAAAAUCACUGUUUACACCUCAUUCUCGGAGAGUACCUCAGUCAUUUCUUUACAGACACACAUGUUAUUUAUUAA